AUGGCGGAUUAUGCAAAGCCCAGUGAUCUAGUUUCAGCAAUUAACAAGCACCUAGAAAAGAUUAACAGUUUAGGAGGAUUAAUACACAAUGUAGUACACUUACCAUUGGAACUUUAUAUCAAACACAGACCACAUGUUGUGGAAAUGAUUAAGAAAUUAUCACCAGAUAACGACCAUAUACCAACACGGAGUAAACCCGUUGAGUCACAUGGCGCCAAAAAAGCUGCGAUGCUUAUGUGCGAUUUCAUGAUCCGAGAUGGCUUAGAAGGGAAUAUAGUAUUAGCAGAAGGAAUUCAUGAAUUUCCAGGAACAUUUGAGAAUACACCGGAAGUUCAGUCUAUCGAAUUAGAAUUUUCCUCACAGACACGCAAAUUUCAUUCAACGGGAUGUUACCUUCCUGCUGGUACUAUCAUGGAUUUGUCGUGGAGCAAGACGGAAAAACCAUGGAAUAUUAUAAUUGUUCUGCAUGGUAACGAACUUUACAAUAUUAAUUCUAAGCUAAGACGAUGGCCUAAGCUCAGAAUAAAGAAAAAGCUUGAACCAAACGAAAUUGGAAAUUUUUCUUCAACAUCACUUAAUAUUUGCACUCCAUUUGGAGGACUGAUUUAUUCAGAGUCGCCUAAAAGUACAAAGGAUAAAUUGCAAUUGAAACUACGCAAUGUCGUACCUGCUCCCAUAUUUACUUACAAAACGGCAGAUACAUGGGAAUCUGUUGAGCGUUACAAGCCAGAACUAUGGUGUGACGUCAUUGGUGACAAGAUAGCAUUGACCUUACCAUCCUCAUCGGUCAGAAACCUCUCAGAUCCAACAAUGACGAUGAAGGCAUGGGAUUCUGUAGUAUCUGCACACAUUGACCUGCUGGGGAAGGAUCCAUCAAAUGGUAGAGGACAAUGGGUAGUUACAGAUGAACAGCCGGUCAUUGGUGACAUGCAUUCUGGUUAUCCAAUCGUCACCCAUCUGGAUAUGGCAGAUCCUAAUAAGACCUAUGAGGAGUGCUUUCUGUCAUCAAGAGACCACAUUUUAAACGUAAACAACAGGAAAGGAAGUUGGGGAAUAUUCCAUGAACUGGGACAUAAUUUCCAGGAUUCUAUGUGGACCUGGAAAGGAACAAAGGAGGUGACUUGUAAUAUAUUUGCGUUGCACGCUAUGGACGUAAUUUGCAAUGUGAAACCAUGGGAUCAUCUUUGGGUCAGAGAAAAUUUUGAAAAGGCCAGCAACUAUCUCCGGGAAGGGGCAAAGUAUGACAAAUGGUGUUCAAAUGCUGGUAUAGCGUUGUUAGUGUACGCACAGUUGGCGAGGGACUUUGGCUGGACUGCUUACAAAUCUGUAUUAAGGACUUAUGAUAAACUUCCAAAAGACAAGCGACCAUCAAACCAGCAGAAUAAAGAGAACAUGUGAAUACAGACGUUUUCCAAUGUAGUCGAGAGGAAUCUAAGCCUCGUUUUUGAAUUUUGGGGAUGGCCGAUUCGCGUGUCGGAAGAUUUGAAAAGGUUUCCUCCAUAUCUCCCUGAUGACGUAACAACACGUGAAUUUGCUAUAGAAAGAGCGACAAAAAUACUUAAUAAGUACGAAGAUAAUUCGUCUGGUGCCUGUACUCCCUAGAAUCCAA